CGCAGGGUGCUGCCACUCUCCUGUGAAGCCAUAGGAAGUGCUUCAUGAUUCAAGAUAAGACCUUCACUUCCUCCUUCUGUGCUUGCAGCACUGAGUUGCCACUGACACUGCACUGUCCACCCUGGUAGCCCGUUCCCAAAAUGGACCAGGAGACCCUGGGAAGCAUUGUCCUGCUUGCCAUCGUCACCCUGAUCAGUGUUGUCCAGAACGCUUUUUUUGCUAACAAAGUGGAGCAUGAAAGCAGACACUGCAAUGGCAAGGGGCUGCAGCGGCAGGGAUCCUCCUCCUUCGACCGUGUUUACACUGCCAACCAGAACUGUGGACACGCAUAUCCAACNNCCUGCAGUGAGGCCUGGUGUUUUUAAUGCUGUUUUAUCCUUUACCCAGCUCCUGCUGCCUUUGCUGGCCUGAUGUACUUGUUUGUGAGGCAGAAGUACUUUGUGGGCUACCUCGGGGAGCGGACUCAGAGCAUUCCUGGUUACUUGUUUGGAAAGCGGAUCAUUUUGUUCCUGUUCCUCAUGUCUGUGGCUGGAAUACUCAAUUACUAUCUCGUCUUCUUUUUCGGAAGUGACUUUGAAAUACACAUUAAGACGAUAACCAGCGCGAUUUCUCCGUUGCUUCUCAUACCCUAACRCCCCACAGCACUGAGGGAUCAGCACACUUCACUGCCCAGAAGCUGCCAUAAUCCCACUGUUUAAGAGACAAACCCAUAACUCAGUGACAUUUCUGUAAAUCUCAUGUGACAUGCUCUGUAGUUUGAUUUAACCUUGCUUUUUUUCUUCAGGGAAGAGAUUUAUCAUGAGCACUUGGCACACCCAAUGAAUGGUARCAACUUUCAGUUAAUUCUUUAGAGCUUUUUCCCUAAAGUGCAGCUUGCAAACUGAUUGCAUGACUAGAAGAGACAGCGUUUGCUUGCUGCAUAACUGUGUUGUAUGUAGCUUUUGUCCCAAAACCCUGGAUCCUCUCAGUGUUAUUCCUGACUGAAGGUUCCCUCAGUUACCCUCGGACACAAGAACAGCCUUUCACCAGCAUCCCACAUGCCCCUGCCCGUACAAAGGCAUGGACCAGCCUCUUCACCUGCCCUUUUCCUCCCCCUUGUUGAUGCCCAAGCUCUCGCUGUUGCAGGACGCUGGCAAACUGGCCCCGCUCCGAUCUUCCUUGAUGAAUAUUCAUGCGCGUAACACUCGCCGCACUGAUCACAUUUGCACYUCAGCCUCUUUGUUCUCCCAGAGCUGGGAAAAGGAGUGGUGCUUCAGUGAGGACCGGGUGUGUUGCCGGUGGGGCUGGGUUCCUUUUGAUAGGCUUUGUUUAAUAAAACAAUCUAAAGUGAUGAAACCUGCCUGCUGC